AUGUCCGAAGGUCCAAUCCGAGUCGCUCCCCACCCCAUCGCCAAGCGCGUCAAGCAUGGCUGCAAGACGCCCCAUGUCUCCCAUAUUGACGAUUACCGAAGCCAGCACCGGGAAACCAUUGGCCACGAAUCCGACAAGUGGUGGGCAAAGAAAGCUCAUGAGCUUCUUUACUGGGAUCGACCAUUCCAUACUGUCCGCUCGGGCAGCUUCGAGAAUGGCGACAUUGCUUGGUUCCCUGAGGGUGGUUUGAACGCCUCCUAUAACUGCGUUGACCGCUGGGCGUUCAAACAUCCGGAAAAGACCGCGAUUAUCUACGAAGCAGAUGAACCUGGCGAGGGAAGGGAGAUCUCUUACGCGGAACUCCUACGGGAAGUCUGCAGCAUCGCAAACGUGCUCAAGUCGUUCGGCGUCAAGAAGGGCGACACCGUCUCCGUCUACCUCCCCAUGACCUGGCAAGCCAUCGCCGCCUUCCUCGCGUGUGCCCGCAUCGGCGCCAUCCACUCCGUCGUCUUUGCUGGCUUCUCGGCCGAAGCAUUGCGUGAUCGUAUGCAAGAUUGCAAAUCGCGUGUGCUCAUCACGUCCGAUGAAGGGCGGCGCGGUGGGAAGGCGAUUGCUACCAAGGCCAUCGCGGAUGCGGCCCUCAAGGAGUGCCCGGCGGUUGAGAAGGUGUUGGUGUUGAAGAGGACGGGUAACCCGGUUCCGUGGACUGAGGGUCGGGAUGUGUGGUGGCACGAGGCGGUCGCCAGGGUGCCGAGGUACUGCCCUCCCGAGGUCAUGGCAUCCGAGGACCCUCUCUUCAUCCUCUACACUUCUGGCUCGACUGGCAAACCCAAGGGUGUCGUGCACACGACUGGUGGAUAUCUACUCUGCGCCGCGUUGACUGUCAAAUACGUCUUCGAUGUCCACCCCGACGACAGGUUCGCUUGCAUGGCCGACGUUGGCUGGAUCACGGGCCACACUUACAUCGUCUACGGUCCUCUCGCUAUUGGCGUUACCACCACCGUGUUCGAGUCCACUCCCGUAUACCCCACUCCUUCACGAUACUGGGAGACCGUCGAGAAGUACAAGCUCACCCAGUUCUACUCGGCCCCUACCGCUAUCCGACUCUUGCGCCGCCUCGGACACGAGCACGUCAACAAGCACGAUUUGAGCAGUUUGCGUGUGUUGGGAAGCGUUGGAGAGCCCAUCAACCCCGAGGCUUGGCACUGGUACAACGAGCACGUCGGAAAGACCGAGUGUGCUAUCGUUGAUACCUUCUGGCAAACUGAGACUGGUUCCAUCGUCGUUACUCCUUUCCCCGGUGCUAUCGAGACCAAGCCUGGUGCCGCGACUGUGCCCUUCUUCGGUAUUGAGCCCGCCAUCUUGGAGCCUACCACUGGAAAGGUGCUCGAGGGCAAUGAUGUCGAGGGUGUUCUCACUAUCGCUCAUCCCUGGCCUUCUAUCGCUCGAACCAUCUACGGAGACCAUCAGCGCUACCUCGAGACUUACAUGAAGCCUUAUCCCGGCUACUUCUACACCGGUGAUGGCGCUGCUCGUGAUGAGGACGGCUACAUCUGGAUCAAGGGUCGUGUUGAUGAUGUCAUUAACGUUUCUGGCCAUCGUUUGUCCACCGCCGAAAUCGAAUCCGCUCUCAUCACCCACACUGGAGUUGCUGAGACCGCCGUCAUCGGUACCGCCGACGAACUGACCGGCCAGGCCGUCUACGCCUUCGUCACUCUCAAGCCUGAGUUCAAGUUCGACCCCGAGAACGAGGCUGGCCUCUCCAAGGAGCUCAUCCUCCAAGUCCGCAAGAUCAUCGGUCCCUUUGCUGCGCCCAAGCGGAUCUAUAUCGUCAGUGACCUCCCCAAGACUCGCUCCGGCAAGAUCAUGCGACGUAUCCUCCGCAAGAUCGUCGCUGGCGAGGCUGACCAGCUCGGUGACCUCAGCACCCUCGCCGACCCGGGCAUCGUCGAAGUCAUCAAGGAGAAGGUCGCCUCUGCUGCGUAAGCGCACGAUGUAGUACACUCACUCAUCUACCACCCGCCCUUUUCGUUCAUUCUCCCCGAUCUCACUUCUCACCACCGACCAUCCACCACCCACCCGAAAACGAUCUCGCUCGCGCGAGGAGGGACAGGCGUUAAUGCUUAUUUCGUAUGUGAUGAUUUCGGAUUGUAGUCUCGUUUGUGUCGUUCUCCAGGAUUCUCUUGUCUUGUCUUGUUUGUGCUACCCAAGUCCUCGGUCUCAUAUCCAUCUCUCGACCUUUGUAGUUUUACCAAUCCUUUUAUUGCUUUUAUUUACCCUGCUUGUUACCCUUAUCUGACCGUAGCUACUCUGUUAUUGACGACGGAAGUCAAAAAUCUGUAUUAUAGUCCACUAUUGAUUCUGAUCAUCUUGUUUU